AUGCCACCCCUCAGGGAGUCUCCUGAUGAUGCUCUGGUCGACGAGGAAGAUUAUCUCGAGGACGAUGUCGAGCUAGAGAACGAGCGGGACGAUGAGCCAGACUCUGAUCUACCUGACCCAAGUUUUGAUGCCUGGUUGGUCAAGGAAGGCAUGCAAUUUGAGCAAGCUGUUCGCCCAAGGAAUUGGUUGGGAGGCGACGUGCCAUUCCCGUUGAACCCGUCAUUCAAACCACCAACACCUAUAUCUGAUGCUCUACGAACCACGAUCUACAACCAGUUCAUGACCAGUCCUGAACUCCACUCGGUUCGACGAUUAUCAGAACGCUACUGCAUCAGUAUGGCUCGCGUUGACGCGAUCUUGAGGUUGAAGGGUCUUGAGGCCCAUAUGGUGAAGGUGAUCUCCUGUCUCAUUCAAGAUGGUUCUAAAACGGGCAAACAAGUCCAGACCGGUUUCCAAUCGGGUAUGGAGGAAGUUCUCGGUGUUAAGGAAGACCUAUCCAAGUUCAGGCGGCACGAAGACUGGGUGGGCUCGAGAACAGACCUCAUCGAAGCUGAUGAAGUCGACGAGCUCUCGGAAGAUGUUACGCGAACCCGGUAUCAACGUCUCUUCUGGGAGCCUACGGUCGAGAAAGACGAUCCUAUCAUGAUGGAUAUCCUUGAGAGGGCUAGGCGUGACGUGGUAGAGGCCAAGGAAGCCCGAGAAGAGGCGAAAUCCUCUCCAUACAUGCUCGGGCGCAUCCCCGAGUCGGGACGCCCGAAAGUCGUGUACAACGUCAGUGGUGCGGCUCCCGGUCGCCCUGUCAUCAAAUUCACGGACGUCGGUGGUAAGUUCUUGGAUCCCAAGGACAGGGAGGAGAGGAUGAAGGUCGCGCAGAGGCGCGUCAAGCAGAAGGCCAAGCAGCGAGCUUACCGUGGACUCAUGCAGCAGCAGGCGUCCCAGAAGCAGGCAGCGCAGAAGCAGUGA